GAGAGAGCUCUCCAUCUCCAUCUCCAUCUAUACACUCAGUGUGCAAACGGGCUUUCUCUCUACCUGCUGCCUGCCUGCCUGCCUGCCCACCCGCCUUUAUCAUCUCCGCAGAGGACCGAGCCACAAUAAUAAUAACAACAAUAAUAAUAACAACAGUGUCAGUCCGCUAUUUUUGCGUUUUUUCGCUAUUCUUCAUGCAACGGUAUGCUUUUCUUGUUUUCUCUUACUUUGAUUCCUUGCGCAGUGAAUUGAUUUCCCCGCUUUUUCCUUCUUUCCACUCAUAACCUGCGUUUUAUUCGCCUUCUCGCAUUUUUUUCCUGCCGAAAAAGCCGACGGGAGAUGAGCUUCACUGGAGUCUAACGCAUUUUUCUCGCCUUCCGACCGUCUUGUUGCACUAGACUCCAGUCGUGGGCAAUGGGAAGUACCGACUCGCAAGAAGGCUGCACGUUUUGCUGUUUUUAAGGGAUGUGUGCAAGUAUGUUGGAAAAAUAGCCAUAGCGUCCGGAUUGUAAGGCCAAAUGACAUAGGAUGAAGGCUAUUCGUAACCUGUUGAUUUAUAUAUUUUCCACCUAUCUCCUGGUUAUGUUUGGAUUUACCGGUGCCCAAGACUUCUGGUGUUCCACUUUGGUCAAGGGAGUUAUUUAUGGAUCCUACUCGGUGAGCGAGAUGUUUCCCAAGAACUACACGAAUUGCACCUGGACGUUGGAGAACCCAGAUCCUACCAAAUACAGCAUCUACCUUAAGUUGUAUAAACGUGACCUAAACUGCUCGAAUUUCUCCUUGCUGGCUUAUCAGUUCGACCACUAUUCCCAUGAUAAGAUCAACGAGCAGCUGAGGACCAAUGAGUCUAUCGUAUACGUCUGCGACUCCAAGAAUAUGUUCAUAUUCUUGCAAUAUGACAAGAACUUUGCGCAGAUUCGCCGUCUGUUCCCUUUCGAUUACACUGGAUUGGUACAGAGGAGAAUCGACGAGGAGCAGAGGUCUGUGCUGGAGUUCCUGGUUCUGAACAAGGCCAGUCCGAGUCAGUUUGGGUGUCAGGUGCUUUGCACGUGGCUGGAGAACUGUCUGAAGAGCGAGAAGGGGGCGGCCGAAUCCUGUGGAAUAGUGUACACGAAAUGCACCUGCCCCCAGCAUUUAGGGGACGGUGACACGGAGAGCGUGCUGUCACUGAACAACGUGGUGCUGCCCUUAAACCCCCAAACCGAAGGAUGUCUCACGCCGCACCUCCGGACUGCGCAGGUUUGCAAUCUAAGUGCCGAAGUCAAGCGACCGCCUAAAGAGGAAUUUGGAAUGAUGGGGGAGCGUACAGUUAAAAGUCAGCGGCCAAGAUCAGUUCAUGAGGCAAAGAGACCACAGGACCGUCAUGAGGCUGCUAAAUUUAUGGCACAAACUGGUGACCCUGGUGCUGAGGAGUGGUCCCAGUGGAGCACUUGCUCCGUAACAUGUGGUCAAGGGUCGCAGGUGCGAACAAGAUCGUGUCUCUCAGCUUACGGAACACACUGCGGCGGCCCGUUAAGAGAGUCGAGGUUGUGCAAUAACACAGCUCCCUGUCCAGUGCAUGGUGUGUGGGACGAGUGGUCACCCUGGAGCCUGUGCUCCUUCACGUGUGGCCGAGGCCAGCGUACGAGAACACGCACGUGUGAGCCCCCCCUGCACGGGGGCAGACCAUGUGACGGACCGGAGACCCAGACCCGGCUCUGCAACAUCGCCCUCUGUCCAGUGGACGGGCAGUGGCAAGAGUGGAGCCAGUGGAGUGACUGCUCGGUCACCUGCGCCAACGGGACGCAGCAGAGGACGCGGCAGUGCUCGGCCGCAGCACACGGAGGCUCUGAGUGCCGGGGCCACUGGGCCGAGAGCAGGGAGUGCUUUAACCCGGACUGCACAGCUAAUGGCCAAUGGAACCCCUGGGGACCCUGGAGUGGCUGCUCAAAGUCCUGCGACGGAGGCUGGCAGAGGAGGGUGCGGCUGUGUCAGGGAGCCGCCGUGACGGGACAGCAGUGCGAAGGCACUGGGGAGGAGGUCCUCAAGUGCAGCGAUCAGCGGUGCCCAGCCCCGUACGAGAUUUGUCCAGAGGAUUUCACAGUGUCCAUGAUGUGGAGAAAAACACCUUCAGGUGACCUGGCCUUCAACAAGUGUCCACAAAACGCAACAGGCAUGGCGAGUCGACGCUGCUCGCUGGAUCACAGGGGUGUUGCCGUCUGGGAACAGCCCAGCUAUGCCAGAUGCAUAACCAAUGAAUACAUCUUCCUGCAGCAAAAAGUCACGGAACACCUGGCGAAGGGACUACGGACGCUGGCGGGGGGUGGCAUGUCCCACGUGACCAAAAACCUGCUGGACCUCACGCAGAGACGCAGCUUCUACGCCGGGGACCUGCUGAUGUCGGUGGAGAUCCUGCACAAUGUGACAGACACCUUCAAGCGGGCCAGCUACCUGCCAUCAUCUGACGACGUGCAGAACUUUUUCCAAAUUAUCAGUAACCUUCUGGAGGAGGAGAACAGGGAGAAAUGGGAAGAUGCACAACAGAUCUACCCUGGCUCUGUGCAGCUCAUGCAGAUCAUCGAGGACUUCAUCCACAUUGUGGGCCUUGGAAUGAAAGACUUCCACAACUCCUACUUGAUGACCGGGAACCUGGUGGCCAGCAUACAGAAGCUUCCGGCAGUCUCCGUGAUGACGGACAUCAACUUCCCCAUGAAAGGGCGGAAAGGCAUGGUGGACUGGGCGCGCAACUCUGAGGACAAAGUCGUGAUCCCCAAGGGCGUCUUUGUCUCUGCUCCUGCAGACGUGGACGCCUCCCCCGUUUUCAUCCUGGGCACGGUCCUCUACAAAACGCUGGGCCUCAUGCUGCCCACCCCCAGAAACAAAACGUCUGUCAACUCCAAAGUCAUCGCUGUGACUGUGAGGCCCGAGCCGACAUUUUCAGAGACUCACCUGGAAAUAGAGCUGGCUCACCUCGCCAACGGCACCAGCAACCCGUACUGCGCAUCGUGGGACAACACCGCCACGAACGAUUCCUGGGGAUCCUGGUCCGCCAAGGGAUGUAAAACCGUGCUUACCGAUGCAUCCCAUACAAAAUGCUUAUGUGAUCGCGUAUCUACCUUCGCCAUUUUGGCUCAGCAACCAAGAGAAAUAACUAUGGAGUACUCAGGGGUCCCCUCGGUGACGCUGAUUGUGGGCUGUGGGCUGUCCUGCUUGGCCUUGAUCACCCUGGCUGUCGUUUAUGCCGUGUUAUGGAGAUACAUCAGAUCUGAAAGGUCCAUCAUCCUAAUCAACUUCUGCCUCUCCAUCGUCUGCUCCAAUAUCCUGAUUCUGGUGGGCCAGACUCAGACUCACAAUACGGGCGUCUGCACCAUGACGACAGCCUUCCUGCACUUCUUCUUCCUGGCGUCCUUCUGCUGGGUGCUGACGGAGGCAUGGCAGUCCUACAUGGCCGUCACCGGCAAGGUGCGGACUCGGCUCAUCCGCAAGAGAUUCCUGUGCCUGGGAUGGGGUCUACCUGCUUUGGUGGUCGCCAUCUCCAUGGGCUUCACCAAGGCUAAGGGCUAUGGGACACCUCAAUACUGCUGGCUAUCUCUUGAGGGAGGUCUUCUCUAUGCGUUUGUCGGACCUGCGGCGGCCGUGGUUCUGGUCAACAUGGUGAUUGGCAUCCUGGUGUUUAACAAGCUGGUGUCCAGGGACGGCAUCUUGGAUAAGAAGCUGAAACACAGAGCAGGGCAGAUGAGUGAGCCCCACACGGGCCUGACACUGAAAUGCGCCAAGUGUGGUGUCGUCUCCACCACAGCUCUGUCAGCGACCACCGCAAGCAACGCCAUGGCCUCCCUGUGGAGCUCCUGCGUGGUCCUCCCCCUGCUGGCUCUGACCUGGAUGUCGGCCGUCCUGGCCAUGACGGACAAGCGCUCCACACUUUUCCAGAUCCUCUUCGCCGUCUUCGACUCGCUGCAAGGCUUCGUCAUCGUGAUGGUCCACUGUAUCCUGCGCAGAGAGGUUCAGGACGCUUUUCGAUGUCGACUCAGAAACUGUCAGGAUCCGAUCGGCACUGACGCCUCCGGAACGUUCCCCAAUGGCCACGCGCAGAUCAUGACAGAUUUCGAGAAAGACGUGGACAUCGCCUGCCGUUCAGCGGCCCUCCACAAAGACAUGGGCUCGUGCCGGGCAGCCACCAUCACGGGGACCCUGUCGCGCAUCUCGCUCAAUGAUGAGGAGGAGGACAAGGGCCCCGAGACCCUCAAUUACUCCACGUUGCCCGGCAACAUAAUCUCCAAGGUGAUGAUCCAGCAGCCGUCAGGAAUGCACCUGCCGGUGGGCGUGGCUGACAUGGGGGAACCGUGCCUGGGCGAGGGUCCCGGUGACAUGCGACGGACCGUCUACCUGUGCACGGACGACGGGGGGCGCUCUGCUGACCCGGACAUGGGUGGCCAUGAGGUGGGCGGGCCCGGCCAGGCCGGCCAGAUGAUGGACACCGACUACAUUGUGAUGCCGCGGGCGACGGGCAACGUGCCUACGCUCCUCAAAGAAGAGGCCAAGCUGAGCAUGGGUAUGGAGGCUCUGGGCCACGAACGCCUGAUGCACUACAAGGUGAGCCCUGAGUUCGGCAUGGGCCCCUCCGCCAUGGAGCACAUGGCCAUGAACCUGGAACCGCAGUUCGGACCUCCGGACCACGGCCAGAGCCUGCCCUUCGAGCCUCGGACAGCCGUCAAGAACUUCCUGGCAGAGAUGGAGGAGAGCGGCGGUCUGUCCCGAAGCGAAACCGGCUCCACGAUAUCCAUGAGCUCCCUGGAGAGAAGAAAGUCACGAUAUUCAGACCUGGACUUUGAAAAAGUCAUGCACACCCGCAAGAGACACAUGGAGCUGUUCCAGGAACUGAAUCAGAAAUUUCAGACCUUGGACCGAUUUCGAGAUAUACCAAAUAUGGGCGGCAUGGACAAGUCCAUGGCCAGCAAGAACCCCUGGGAGACCUACAACCCCACGUGUGACUACCAGAAUUACGGCACCUUGAAUGUACUGGAGCCCGGCGGCAAGGACUCGCUGGAGAUGACCUCCUCCGAGUGGGAGAAGUGUGUCAGCCUCCCACUGGAGGUGCAGGAGGGAGACUUCCAGACGGAAGUCUAG